AUGACGACCACAUUUGUUCCAGGGACGGCUAGUGGGGACAUUUUAAAUUAGCAAACUGCGCUAAAGCGGUCGGAAAUUCGAGAACACAACAGUUAUUCCAUAAAAUUUCAGUUAACUCCAUAUUUUCCUGAUGAAUAUGGCGCUGCGAGCCUGAGAUGUUUCGGAGAACACACACAUGAGGACAGAUUUGAACCAGGUCAACUGCCCCCGUUUACCACCAAUCAACUGCCACUUCAGAGACUCAGCCCCUGGCCCCGCCCUCCAGAGAUGACUGAUGCCCAGAAGGCCAACGAGCUCCCUGAAUGCACCACAGAGGGUGGUGCCACAACAGAAGAGCAGGACAUGUCCCUGAGACAAGAGACCACGCCCACCAGCUCGCCAACGUGCGAGGAACCAAUCAGCUCUCCUGACAAACAGCCCGCCCCCAGCCUGCUCUCCAUGCCGUGCUUACUAGACGAGCUUCAUAGAGACUCCGCCGCCGGGCAGCCGCAGGAAACAGACCCGCCUCUGGCAGCCAACCAGUCCUGUGCACGGGAAGACAGCGACUCCUCCGUCUGCCAGCGGUCGCCUUCCUCCUCCGGUAACCUGGGAGACUCCGACUCGUCGGCAGAGGAAGCUCCGGCGCCUGUUCAAACGGCCGGCAGGAAGUCACGGCGCUCACAUUCUGAGAGCGACACGCCCUCCGUGACAAUGGCUGCCAAGAAGAACCGCUGCCACCAGAAGCAGGUAAACGGGCGCGUGCGCGUCAGAGCCCCGCGCAGCCAGCAGCAGAAGCAGCGCAUGCGACAGCUGCGGCAGAAACGCGAGGCUGCGGUGAGACGCAAACCUGACGUGCUUCAAGACAGCAGCACCAGUGACAGCGACAUCACAGCCCACUCAUCCUCAUCCUCGCCACUAACGGCCUCGUCCGACAACGAUGGAGAGAGAGUCAACUCUCACGCACCAGCUGGCCAACGCCGAGCGGACGCUUCUGGAGCAUCAGCACGUGGGCGGGGCCAUCUUGACCUGGGCGUGGCCAGUGGAACUCUGGGCGGAGUCUUGGAGGAAGCUCUUACGCGAUUCGCCGCGAUGCAGAGACAGACCGAGGAGCGCUUUCGUGUGUGGAUGGACCGACUGACCCGCCUGCAUUCAGACGAUGACCUUUCGUCCGGUGAAAAUCAAGAGGGGCGGAGCCACGUUAGCUCGUUCCUGCCGUCGUCGGAGUCCCAGGAAACGCUGGCAGCCUAUCAGAUGGCUCGACUCAGCGCCAUCACGGUUCCACCGCCUCAGACUGCUGGUGUCAAUGGAAGCGCAGAGCCGUCUGAACCCAACGUUUAAAGAACAUUGACACAACAUCACUGUGCCGACUGCUGAAGUGGAGGCUUAGGACAGUGCACAAACUUUCUCUUUAUCUCUUACUAAAUUCAUCUUCAUUCUGGCUUCCACAUCUAUCUCCUUCUACCUAUUAAAGGAUCAGUUUUCCUGCAAAUGAAACAUUUACUCAUCCUCAUGCCUUUCUGAACCCAUUUGGCUUUCUUGCAUGCAAUACACAAUGUGCAUUUUUUAAGGAAUAUUGUGGUAAUUUGAUGAAAGUGAACAAGACACUGAGUCUGUCAAGCUCCAGGCAGUGUUAUUUUAGUAUCAUGCUAAUAUAUGAUACUAUUAUAGUUUAAUGCAUUUUUGAAUGUUUACAUUUUUUCCUUUUUCAUUGUAGUUUUUGACAUUUUUUGGUAGUUUUGUUUUUAUACAUCUGUAUAUAUAACUUUAUAUAUAGUUAUGUAUUUAUGUUUACCUUUUUCAUAUUUUUGUUUAUUUUAGUAUAUAAUUUUAGUAAACAAAAUUAAAAUGAGAAAUGUCUGUUUCAGUUAACUUUCAUUUCAUCUUUUUUUUUUUUUUUGUUAAUCAAAAAUAAAAUGAGAUGAAAUGGUUCAUUAUUAAUUUGUUUUACAUAACAGCAAAAAUAGCUAUAAAAACCCUGGCUCUAGAAAUUAUAAAAAAAAAAAAAAAACAUUGAAUUAUAAAAAUAUGAAAAAUAUUUAAUAAAAAUAUUGAGCUAUAUCGAAGGCUUUUAUGCUUUUUUUUUUUUUGGAGGUUGACAGACCCAGUUGCCAUUGUAAAAAAGAGCCUGCAUAUUCUAAAAUUCAGAUUUGGCAUAAUAAUCAUAUUUUUUUUCUGGUUUGGAACAACAUGAGGAUGAAUAAAGACAGACCGACAUUUCUUUAA